GAAGUACUUCUCACUUGUAUGACCUCCGUAAUGCUGACCGAGCUCUGUGAAGCUGGACCGAGUGGGAGUUUAACCAUAACACAUUUCACCCUAAAGUAAAGCAAGUGUGCCGCUGCUAAGAUGAGCACCAUGUUCGCAGAUACCAUUCUGAUCGUGUUCAUCUCCGUUUGCACAGCGCUGUUAGCCGAAGGUAUUACCUGGGUGUUAGUUUAUCGCACUGAAAAAUACAAAAGGUUAAAGGCCGAGGUGGAGAAACAAAGCAAGAAACUUGAGAAGAAAAAAGAAACCAUCACUGAAUCUGCUGGACGGCAGCAGAAGAAGAAGAUUGAAAGACAGGAAGAGAAACUAAAGAAUAACAACAGGGACCUGUCGAUGGUUCGCAUGAAGUCCAUGUUUGCCAUCGGCUUCUGCUUCACAGCUCUGAUGGGCAUGUUCAACUCCAUUUUUGAUGGAAGAGUAGUGGCCAAAUUACCGUUUGUGCCACUGUCCUACAUCCAGGGUCUGUCGCACCGCAACCUUCUGGGCGAAGAUUACACGGACUGCUCCUUCAUCUUCCUCUACAUUCUCUGCACCAUGUCCAUCAGACAGAACAUUCAGAAGAUGCUCGGCCUGGCACCCUCCAGAGCUGCAACUAAACAGGCCGGUGGCUUCCUGGGACCUCCUCCCCAAGCAGCCAAGUUCUCCUAACCAGUUUGAGACUGACACCGCCCACCCAUGUGGAGCAAAUGUCGCAUCAGUUGCAUCAAAACUUUAUUUCUCAUUUGUGUGUUUAUUUAACAUGAGCUGUUUUCAUAGAAAUUAGAUAUUGUCUUGUUCACGAAAUUCAGUUCAUGAACAAAUUUGAUUUUCAGCCCAUUGAGGUUUUAAUUAUUGACCAGCAAAUUUACAUGUGGCCCAUUUUCAGUAUUACUGUACGUCUCCACUUCGAUUUGAACAUAUUUCAUAUAAAUAAAGUUUUAUUAAUUGAUUUUAA